CAGCGGCCGUACUCAACGGGUCAUUCGUGAUGCCUGUUUCACGUCGACAAUUUUUGUUUCGAAGAGUUUCAAGCGAGGAGUUAGUUUGGUAAUACAGAUUUAACGAUGUCUUCUCCAGAAAAUAGCAAUCGAGGAGCACUGGUUGCGACACCCGAUCCUGCCACUUAUUAUCGAAGUAGGUUUUUGUGUGCCGCUCCUGCUGGCGGAGGAAGAGGCAGGCGGCAUCCAGGGAAAGCCAUCCUCGCUGGGGGUAUUGCUGGUGGACUUGAAAUCUGCUGCACAUUUCCAACAGAGUAUGUAAAAACCCAAGUACAACUUGAUGAGCGAGCAGCAAAGCCCAUGUACAAGGGUCCUCUUGAUUGUGCCGUGAAAACAGUAAAAAAUCAUGGGUUUUUUGGACUCUAUAGAGGUCUUAGUUCUUUGUUGUAUGGCUCAAUACCAAAAGCAUCUGUAAGAUUUGCAAUGUUUGAGUUCCUGAAAAAUAACAUGGCAGAUGACAAUGGUAAAUUAACACAAGUACAGACACUCCUCUGUGGUCUAGGAGCAGGAGUAGCAGAGGCUGUUGUCAUAGUGUGUCCAAUGGAAACUGUCAAAGUCAAGUUUAUUCAUGAUCAGACACAACCAAAUCCAAAAUAUAAGGGUUUCUUUAGUGGUGUUGGAACUAUUGUAAGAACAGAGGGAUUGGGUGGAGUCUACAAGGGUCUAACAGCCACAGUAAUAAAGCAGGGGAGCAAUCAGAUGAUUCGAUUCUUUGUAUAUUCCAACCUGAAGAACUAUCUUCAAGGAGGUGAUCCCAGUGUAGACAUUGGCUUUAUAAAAACGUUUUGCAUUGGUGGAGUUGCUGGUGCAGCUAGUGUCUUUGGCAACACUCCUGUUGAUGUUGUUAAAACAAGGAUGCAGGGCCUAGAUGCACACAAGUACAAGAACACUUUAGAUUGUGUAAUGAGGAUUAUCAAAUAUGAAGGACUGAAAGCGUUUUACAAGGGAACAGUACCUCGUCUAGGCAGAGUAGUCUUUGACGUUGCCUUUGUUUUCACUUUCUAUGAAAAUGUCAUGAAGAUGUUGGAUUAUGUCUGGGAGACAAACUAAGUAAAAAAUUCAACAAACUGACAUCUGGACCUUUAAUUAUCAGACAAAUAAAUUAUAAUAUCACCAUCUAUGUUAUUUCCUGUAUUUCCAGGAGUAGUUUUGCACAAUAAAUAUAUAAUUUAAAAGGUUGACUGUGGAUUGUUUGCACAAAUUAUUUAAAAGGCAAAAUGUGUUAAUGAAAUGGCAUUAUUAAAUAUAUUUUUGGCAAAUUGGAAAGGAUAUUGGAAUUUUUCGUAUUUGUUUGGUAUAUAAUUGACACAAAUCCUUUAUUUUUUGUGGUGUACAGGUAUACAUGAUAUUACACAUUAUGCAUACCUAUCCGCUCCCAAGAUAAUGAUUACAAAUGUUCUGGGAGUAAAAGACAGAACAAAUCAUAUUGAACAGGGAGUAAUUCGUGAAAAAAAAAAUUUCACAUCAAUGUAGUUAUCAACACUUUAUUAACAAUGAUCACAAUGACCUAUUGAUAAUUAAAAGGUAUUUAUAAAGGA